CUGUGAUAGCAAUGUGGCACGUGGUUGUAUUAAUGUGGCGACUUGAAAUUGCACAAAGCAUGAAAUAUAGUCAAUAAUCUACUAAGUAAAGGUAUUUGAAAAAUAAAAAUAAAGGUGAAACUAAUACAGGGGGCAAUAUCAGUUUAAUCUUAGAGUGACUGAUGGAGGUGUUAAUAUUUAUGUCAAUCGAAACCUUAUGUGACAUGCUUGUACCUCAGUAACCACCGGUUCUAACGAAGUGGAGACAUGUAGUGGAAUAGAAGUAUAGAUUCGUGUAUUAUUAACCUCGCAUGUAGGUGGAGUGUGAUUAAUGGCAAGAGCUGUUAUUCAUUCUCUCACUGCUAGUCCAAAUUUGCAAAUUUCAAUGAAUUCUGAGAUGGAUAGAAAAGCAACAGCACUGGAGUGUCAGAUAACAGCAGACACAAAACCAUGGGUUGUUGCCAGUGACAAUGUAAAUGCAAAUGAGAUUAAUGAUACUGGAACAGAUGUAUAUGAUCCUCAUCACAGUCGAACACUGUUUGUACGAUUCCCACGUGGGAUCAAAGAUAAGUUGGAAGUGAAACGGUUACACCCUGGAAUAGAGGCUGUGAGAUUCAAACCUCGCAUUAAAAGGUGGUGCCAUAUUAGAUUCAGCAGUGAAGAACUUGCUAAGAGUGCACUAAAGGAACUAAACCAAAAAGAAGUAAAAGGGGGCAAACUUAUUAUCAAAGAGACAAAGAAAUAUAAACUGAACACUUGUGAAAAUGAAAGUAAGAAGACACCACAGUUAUAUCAGCUGUAUGUGAAGAAUUUACCAGAAAAUGUGACAGAGAGUGAAAUUACCUCAGCAUUCCCUGGCUGUAUGCAUGUACACAUGUUCACACCAAAGAAGAAGGGAUCUUUAGGAGCCAUCAUUGGAUUUAAAACACUGGAUAAGAUGGAAGCCAUUAUUUCCAGCACCAAAGUGCAUAAAGUUAGAGACAAGGACGUUUCUGUAUCUUAUGCACCUGCACACAGCCAGUUAAAACAGGAACAGCAGGAAGUAAAUAAUCAUACUGAAAUCUCAAAGGAUGUUUCCCGUAAUUGUAUUUUAACAACAGUUUCCUCACCAGAGAUUAAAAUUAAUUCUGUGAGGAAACAGAAAACUGUUCUGACAUCUGAGUGUCCUGGUAAGAUGGUAGAUACUCGUCUUCCACAGUUCAAGAAUGAAGGAAAUGAUAGAGACAGUGAUGACAGUGGAGAAGAUGGCGGAUGUAAUGAGGAUACAGAAAUGGACACACAGGACUGUACUGGAUGUAAUGGUGAGGGCACUGACAGUGCUGGUUCUGAUGAUGAUAGUGAUGAUCUUUCACAGUAUAAACCAAUUAAAUUGGAAGGCAAGGAUACUAAAAAUAGUGAUGAUUUUUCAGAAGACAACAUAAAUGAAAUUAAGUUUGAAGUUACCGAAACUAGUGAGGAUGAUGGUGAUGAUUUUUCACAGUACAGAGCAAUUAAAUUAGAAGAUAAAAGAGGUAAAGAUGAUGAUUUUUUGCAGUACAAAGCAAUUAAGUUAGAAGAUGAGGUUACUGAUCCUACCGAUGAAGAAGAUGGUGAUUUAUUACAGUACAAAGCAAUUGAAUUGGAAGGUAAUGUGACUAAAACUAGUAGUGUUGGUGAUGAUGAUGAAGAUGACGACUUUUCGCAGUACAAAGCAAUUGAAUUGGAAGAUGAUAUUUCUAAAACUGAUGAUGAUUUUUCACAAUACAAACCAAUUGAAUUGGAAGAUGAAGUUACUGAAUGAUGACGAUGAGGGCAAAGAGGUGUUUGUAGUGAUUUUUCAUAAGACAAAGCAGUUGCAACAGGUGGUGAGGUUAUUGAAAUUUGCGAUGGAGAUAGUGGUAGAAUUUAUGUUAGUAAUGAUGACUGAGAUUGUAGUGACAGCAUUAAAAGAUGUUGAUAAGAGUAGUCCAAACCCAGUAAUUCUGAAGAGUAGCAUUGUUGGUAGUCAUUAUGUGUUGCAUCCUGUUGUGUGUCAUUGAAAAUAGUGUGUCUAUAGUAUGUCAACAAAGCAAUUCAGAUGAAAGUAAUAACAAAAGUUAUUUAGAUUAAUAAUAAUCACAACAUGUUUUGACCCUUCUUGAGUCAUCAGGUGUAUCUCUGUGUACUUAGGUUCUGUAAUUUUGUUCAGUGUGAAUCCAUAUUUUUCUUCAUAUUUGACCAUAUGUUUAUGUGAUUAUUGCUUAGUGAACCUCUGGUUUGUUUACUGUUCUGUUUUGAGCCAUCUUGAUAUUAAAUUAAAUUUAAUUUAUUUUAAAAUUAAUUUGAAAGUAAUAAGAUUUAAAAGAAUUUUAACACUACAAUCUAGUGUGUAUGGGUUCAUAUUAAAUUGUCAAGUUGCAUGUUUAUGGAUAAAUAGUUUAAGAUGGUUGUGAAUGCCUAUUUGACAUUGUAAUGAUACACUGGCUAUCCCUGUCUUGGUUCUUCUUUGGUAGUGAUGUUAUGGGUAUCUUGCUCUGCAUGUUCAUAUGUGUUACCUCUUUAUUUAUACCGUAUAGGAGUGUAGGUUGAGAUAUAUGUCAUCAUGCUUUCUUUGUGUUGCGUAGUGUAGCUCAACUUGUUCUGUAUUUGGUCAUUUAGACUUUAUCAAAGUUAUCUUACUUUUGGGUCUAGCCUUUGUUAUUAUUUUUACCUGAAUUGUUGUGUUAACAAAUAGAAAUAUACUAUACUAUAAUAUACUAUAUAAUAUACUAUACUGUACUAUACUAUACUAUACUAUACUUGUUGCAGUGUACAGUAUACACCAUCGUCAGAAUCCUUUCAAUUCUAUCAGAAAUAUACUAUUUUAUUGUUGGUAGUGAUGGUAAGAACAAUGUUGGUAAUAGUCUUGAUAUUGAUGCAGAAAAUUUAGAUUUUGAAUAUAACAACAGUUGUAGAGAAGUAGUUUGUUAAAAAACUUGCGUAAAUAAAUACAUACUUCUGUUUAGCUGGUGAAACAUUACAUGAAUUCAGUACGUGUAUUAAAAUUGCUGAGACAGUACUGUAUGUUGAUCAGAGUAAAAAUGCAGCUGUAUUUUAACGGGUUUGAAAACUUUACCUUGACAAAAAUAAAAUAAAAUAAAUCAAACCUAAGUAAACUACAAAACAAAAACUGAUUUAUUUCUAGUCACCUUUCUCAUUAUCCAUUAGAAAUCAAAUGAGUCCAUUUCCUGCUUACCCUGAGA